UUAAUCGACCCCCCCCCCCCCCCCCCCCAAAUUAUACGUCAUGCCAGAAAGUAGAACUGUACAAACGAUUGGAAUUUAUUUAUAGUUGUAAAUAAAAAAAUAAAUACAGUUAAAAAAAAAAUACCACCCCCCCCCCCCCCCCCCAUACAUUUUCAUCUUGUUCCAAUGGCGUUUGUAAUGCUCCAGUUCCCUGUACUCUCUCCUUUAAGUAGACAUUUUCCUUCUCAAGUAGGUGGCGGUAAUUCACCAAAGCUGGUAUACCAACCGCCAAUAAACCUCUGAAGAAGAAGAAGGACAGCCACUUGGUAGCGGAAGUUGAUGUGAAAGAGCGCUUCCUUCUCCACACGGGCUUCGGAUCUCUGAUACUCUGCGUAACAUCACUAAAGUGUCCUGAUUCUUUACACCUCUUAUAAUGAAAUCAGAGUCCAGACGCCGCUCUUUAGGAAAAUCUCCACAGACUCCUGCUGCUACAGGCUCAAAGAUGCACCAGUGCUCAGACUGUGGGAAGAGUUUUACUCGUCAGAGUACUCUCCAACGACACAAGCGCAUUCACACAGGAGAGAGACCGUAUCACUGUGAACAGUGUGGGAAGACUUUUACUCGUCAGAGUCAUCUUCAAAGACACGAGCGCAUCCACACAGGGGAGAGACCGUAUCACUGUAAACAGUGUGAGAAGAGUUUUAUGCGAGAAACUCAUCUCCGUCAACACCAGCGCGUUCACACCGGACAGAAGCCAUAUCUAUGUGGACAGUGUGGAAGUAGUUUUACUCGUCAGGGUAAUCUUCAACAACACCAGCGCAUUCACACAGGAGAGAGGCCGUAUCACUGUGGACAGUGUGAGAAGAGUUUUACUUACCAGAGUCAUCUCCAACAACACCAGCGCAUUCACACAGGAGAGAGGCCGUAUCACUGUGGACAGUGCGAGAAGAGUUUUAUGCGAGAAAGCCAUCUCAAACAACAUGAGCGCAUUCACACUGGAGAGAGGCCAUAUCAAUGCUUGCAGUGUGGUAAAAGUUAUCGUGACCAGAGUACCUUCCAAAGCCACCAACAGAGUCAUACAGGACAGAAACUGUACCUCUGCGGACAAUAUUGUGGGAAGAGUUUUACUCGUCAGAGUAAUCUCCGACGACACAAGCGCAUUCACACAGGUGUAAGGCUGUAUCACUGUGAACAGUGUGGGAAAAGUUUUACUCGUCAGAGUCAUCUCCAAAGGCACGAGCGCAUCCACACAGGGGAGAGGCCGUAUCGCUGUAAACAGUGUGAGAAGAGUUUUAUGCGAGAAACUCAUCUCAAACAACACCAGCGCAUUCACACAGGAGAGAAGCCGUAUCUCUGUGGACAGUGUGGAAAUAGUUUUACUCGUCAGGGUAAUCUUCAACAGCAUCAGCGUAUUCACACAGGAGAGAAGCCGUACCACUGUGGACAGUGUGGGAAGAGUUUUACUUACCAGAGUCAUCUUCAACAACACCAGCGCAUUCACACAGGAGAGAGGCCACAUCACUGUGGACAGUGUGGGAAGAGUUUUAUGCAAGAAAGUCAUCUCAAACAACACCAGCGCAUUCACACAGGAGAGAAGCCGUAUCACUGCUUGCAGUGUGGGAAACGUUUUCGUGACCAGAGUACCUUCCACAGCCACCAGCAGAGUCAUACAGGACAGAAACUGUACGUCUGCGGACAAUGUGGACGGGGCUAUGCUCAUUCAAGUUCAUUAAGGACCCACAACUGCUGUAACAUAAAGCCAUCAGAACUUGAUAUGUGAAUUUGUUAGACUAAGAUUCUUUUUUUUUUACGAGAGGUUAAGGGAAAUUCUGGCAUAAAAUUUUUCUUGCACGGGACUUUAUUGCUUACUGUCCACUUUGUAGCAGAAUUCGUGUCAUUUUCCUGGUUUCACCUGAAUGCUACUAAUCUAAGAAUGCAAUACACCAAUACAUACAGUAUCACACAAAUGUGAGUACACCCCUCACAUUUUUGUAAAUAUUUGAUUAUAUCUUUUCAUGUGACAAACCUGAAGAAAUUACACUUUGCUACAAUGUAAAGUAGUGAGUGUACAACUUGUAUAACAGUGUAAAUUUGCUAUCCCCUCAAAAUAACAACACACAGCCAUUAAUGUCUAAACCGCUGGCAACAAAAGUGAGUACACGCCUAAGUGAAAAUGUCCAAAUUGGGCCCAAAGUGUCAAUAUUUUCAUUCAUUUUCAUGCUGGCAUAUUCAUGUCAUAUUCAUGGUUUCACCUGAAUGCUACUAUUCCAAGAAUGCAACAUACCAAUACAUAUUUAACCAAUGGGUAUACCUACUUUAAUUGAUCAAUCAACAACUGGACAUCUUUCCAAGCCAACAGAAGAUGGUUGUGUUUACA